AGCGCUAAUACUUAGGCAAUUUAGGAGAAAAUAAUAUUAUUAAAUUAACUUACGCUAAGAAAAAAUCCUUAAAUAAAGAUUUUUUGGCUUUGAUCCUAAAUGAGCUGGCAACAUCUGAUUGGUGGGGUGAAGCGUUGCGUUUCGUAUGGGGGAAGGGAAAGUUUCAUUUACGCGGCUCGAGCUAAAAAAAAAAACUUCUCCUUCUCUAAAGGUGACGACAAAGGUGAUUUGGCGAUCUGCUUCGUUUUAGGUAAAUCCGGCCAAAUCCGACCGUUUAAACUCACUAUUCUUUCUUAUGGAGUAGAUGCAUGUAGAUUUCUCCUGUUUUUAUGGAUUCGAUUCAUGGGUUUGAAUAGGUUUCGGGUUUCAUUAUCGAUUGGGGAUUAAAUUCGAAUUAGGGUUUCUGUCGGGGUUUGCCAAUCUCUUCUUUUCGAUAUAGUUCUUGGUUAUUUCGGAGGAUUUAAGGGUCCGUGAUUGAGCUGUCAUUCGAUGUUGGGUUUUAUAAAUCGAUUUAGGGUUUUAUAAUUUGGGGCUUUUGAUGAUUCGCUUAUAUUUUUUUGUUCUUGUAGGUUCUAAAUGGAGGACGAACUGCGAGACAUGAAAGCACACAAAGCGUACUACAACUUGCUUCAUUUCGUUUCAGAUGCCCAACAGGGAAUUCCGAAGCUGUGCCCCUGUGGAUCUAUCACAAAGGAGUUCGUCAACGAAGAUGAUACAUAUGAUUACCUCCCGGGGAAAAGAUACUUCAUCUGCACAGACUACCAGAACGACGGGCUGCAUUUUAGGCAGCCAUGGGUAAUGGGUGUGCAACAAGAGAUUGAGAGGCUCAAACUAAAGUUUCUCGAGCAGGAGAAGCUCCUGCGCGAGUGCGAGGCGCUUAAGGUUAGUUUCUUACUUAACGUUGAAACUAAUUUUUACAAUCUUUCUAACAUAUUGUUUUGUCUCUGAGGUCUCUUCAGGUUCAGGUUAAGAUGCUUCUUGAGCGUGUGUGUGAACUUGAGAGAGUCCGCUGAGGUUAGUGUUUUGAACACUUUAAAUCAACAGUUUAAAUAUUUAGUAGGAUCAUGUGUGUGUAACUUUGUAGUUUGAAAACAAACUAGGAUAGUGGGGUGUGUCUCCUUGUAGUUUGAAACCAAACUAGGAUUUUCACUGGUUAACGUUGUAGUUUGAAAAUAAGGUUAACUUCGUAGUUUAAAUUCCCACCAAACGAUCAUUAAAUUAUGCAUUAACUGCUUCUUUUUAGACUAAAACAUUCAUUUA